CAAGUUAAAGCUGCGUUACGGCUACACUCUCCUUUGUGCUAGUUUUUUAAUGUCUAAACGGGUAUGUAUUUGAGUUAUUAGUAUUUCUAUUAACAACUUAGAACUUAAGCUUCUUUAAUACCCAAAAAUAGUUAAUUUUAGAUUAGAAACUGAGUCAGAGGUUCGUUUUAAAAAAAUAUACAUGUUCAAAAAGCGUCAAAAACUUGCAUUUAUGCCAUAGUCAAAUCACGGCAGAAUUUGUAUCUAAGUGCGCUAUCACAUGGCCGAUCAAAUAAAAGAUAAAAUCUAUUUGCGUAAAAGAGAAAAAUGUCACCCAAAAAAUCUUGCAAAGUUCUAUAUUCAAAGAAAAAUUGAUCAAGAAGGAUUUUUCAAAGUUAAAAUUAAUGACACUAUAGGUAAUGGUGUAUUUACAACAAAUAAAUUUCUGAAAGGAGACUUUCUUUUACAGUACAGAGGUGAUGUUAUUAGUUUAAAUGAGACAAAAUUGAGGUCCCAACAAUAUGAGAAUGAAGGAUUGGGUUGUUUUAUUUAUAAUGGGAUCAAAGAUAUUUAUGGUAAAUCUGUUUGCAUUGAUGCUACAAACCAACUAAGUUUCAUGGGAUGCAUGGUAAACGACUCACCUUCAAUAUAUGCUAAUGCAAAAAUGAAAAAAAUAGUUGAGUCUAAUCGUGUUAGUCUUUGUCUUUUCGCUACAAAAACAAUAGAUGUUGGCACUGAAUUAAGAUACGAUUAUGGUGAUGAAAGAAAGAAAAUGUUCUGGCGGACCAUGGCAUCAUGUUUACAGCCAUUAUGUUAUAACCAAGCUAAUUGUGUUGAAAUUGGAGCAAUAAAUAGGGAGAAAUUAGAUGUUUUGAAAGUUUCAUUGGAAAAGCCAUUGUUUGAUGAUUCUGACUCAGAAAUUGAAUAUCAAUAUCUUUCCACUGUUGAUAAUAUUACUGAAUCAAGAUUUACAAAAUGUGAUCUUAUUUUUGAAAAAGAAAACGAGUUAGUGUGUUUGUCACCAAACAAAGAAACAGAGUUUAUUGCUGUACUUCCUAGUUUAAUUACAACUCCUAUAAUUGAAAGAUGUGCUUUUUGGGAAGAACUAAAAACGUUUUCAGAAGCUUCCAAUAGUGAUGUUCCUAAAGAAGACCUAAAUUCAACAUGUGAUGAUUUUGGUAAAAUUACAAAAAAAUGUUUGAAUCUAAUUAAAACAUGUGGAGAAAUUGAGGUUGAUACCUCAAAACCAGAAACCAACAAGUACACAAAACCAGCACGACUUUGUUUAUUUUGCAAAGUUCCUCAGACUCGGUUAAAACGCCAUAUUCUUUUAAAGCAUGGUACUGAAAUUUCGGUAUUGCCUCUUUUAAAUAUGAACUCUGUAGAUCAGAAUCGUUAUAUAGAAAUAUUUCGAAAGGAAGCUAUUAGAAAUCACAAUGUUUCACUGGUGGAAUCAGGUCAAACAUGUUUUAUUAGAGAAAGAAAGUCAAAAAUACAAAAUGAUGAACUCCCUCUUAUGUGUUGUGGGUGUAAAGGUUUCUAUUCAAGAAAGUAUAAAGCUCGUCACCAACUUGUUUGCCAAGGUACAAAUACCAAUCUAAUGAUACCUAUGGUUUCUAUAGCAAGUGAAGAUUAUGAAAAUUAUUCAAAUGAUUUUGUCAACCUUCUAAAUACAUUACAACUGGAUGAUAUUGGAAAUUAUAUUAAAACUGACAAAAUCAUUUUAAUGAUUGGUUCUAGAUCUUAUAGCGCUCUUAAAAGAAAGAAAGAUAAAGUUUCAGAGACUAAAAGAUUGGUUCGUUCACGAAUGCAGUUAACUGCAAGAUUAUACUUAUCUUUUAAAAGUAUCUAUAGCAAUCAGAAAGCUGUUAAAAUAGAUAAUAUCUUAAAUAAUGCAGCUGACAUGUACUGUCGAGAAGUAAUCACCAUAGUUGGAGAAGCUAUGAAUUCUUUAUCAGAAAAAUCAAAUGAAGAUUCGGACCAUCUUUUAUUAAGUGCACAAAAAAGUGGCCUAAAAAUCAGUAUACUUAAUUUAUUAAAAUUAACAGCAAAAUUUUUGAUUGGUUACUUUUUGGUAAAAAAUGAUGAUUUGAAAUCUCAGAGAGUAGUUGACUUUUUAAAGGUUUUAAAGCUUUAUGAAGAUGAUUUAUUUGGUGAUGCUUAUUAUAAUCUAAAUUAUCGUAAAAAUAUUGAUUUGCGGAAACCAAUUAAUCUCCCAAAUGAAGCAGAUGUUCAACUGCUUAUUGAGGAAUGUAACAAAAUUAUGAAUUCUAUUGAUGAUUUUCAACAUCCAUGUGAAUCAUUUGUCACUAUCCCAUCUGCAACUGCCACAUGUUUGACUAUAUUUAAUGCCAGACGAGGUGGAGAACCUGUGCGGUUACACUUAUUUCAGUGAAAUGAGGCUUUAAAUGGAGAAUGGAUGGAUAAACAAGAUCUGCCUGAAGAAUUUGAUAUUGAGCAAAUGUUUAUCACUUAUCAAACAGGGAAAGGUUCGGAGCACACAGUUCCUGUUCUCUUUCCACCAGAAUGCAUAAAAGCAAUGCGAUAUCUGACAAACAAAGAAGUUAGGAAAAAUGCUGGAAUUCCUGAUGAAAACCAAUAUAUUUUUGCCAGUACCCAAAAAAGCAUGAGCCAUGCUAGUGGUUGGCAUUGCAUAAAUGAAAUAUUAAUUCGUUUAGAUAAAAAAAGGUGCAAUUAAUGCC